AUGCAUCAAAUGUACAAUGUGUUUCUGAAACUUUGGAUGCUAACCAGCAUUGUCGUGGGCAAAUUCUCCAUAGACAAAACCGAUGGGCAGCUUACAACAGUGGAACUUAUAAAAAAGUACGGGUACCGUGGUCAAGCGUACACGGUAACGACAUCCGAUGGAUACCGACUAGGGGUGCAUCGAUUGGGUCGAAAGCAAGGUCCUGAUCCGAAACUGCUACCAGUUCUAAUUAUACACGGUUUGUUGGGCAGUUCGGCGGAGUGGGUUCUGAUCGGACCGGACGAUGCGCUCGCCUAUCAGCUGGCCAACGUUGGCUAUGACGUGUGGCUUGGCAAUACCCGCGGGAAUCGCUACUCUCGCCAGCACGAGAGCAUGUCACCGGACGAUGUAGAAUUUUGGAACUUUUCCUGGCACGAAAAGGGCAUGCACGAUUUACCGGCCAUGAUCGACUUUAUAUUGAACCAAACGCAACAUCCCUCCCAGCAGAUCUACUACAUAGGGUACUCCGAGGGUACUACGGCGUACUUCACAAUGACCAGCAAUCUGCCGCAGCAAAACGUCAAGAUCCGGUUGGCCCAUGCAUUGGCGCCCGUCGUUCUGUUAGAUGGUGUGCGCAGUCCACUGAUACUUACCUUGGCCGAUAACUCGCCGUUUCUGAUUCCCAUUGCACAAGGGGUCAAUAUAGGCGAGAUGCUUAAGUGGUCGGAGCAGCAAAAUCGUUUCGUACAAAGCAUGUGUCCACCGUACGCAAGAAGGAAUCCAUGCAUCGUGGUGUUCGAAAACCUGUUUGGACCCAAUCCGGAAGCGAUUGACAUGACCGUACUACAAGCACUGAUGGGUCACUUACCGGCUGGAGCAUCCGUGAAGGAGCCAAAGCAUUACAACCAGAUUAUACAGAGCGGUAUCUUUCGACCGUACCAAGAGGACUACACGGGCCGUAUCGUUAAGCCGUACAAUCUUAGCGCAUCCAACGUGCCAGUGCACAUUUACUACGGUUUGAACGAUUGGAUUGUCCAUCCGCGGAAUGUGCGACGUUUUGCAACAGUGCUGCCAAACGUUCGCGAGAUUCGUGCCGUUGGUGGUAAGAAGUUCACACACAUUGAUUUUAUAAUUGCCAAACGCGUCAAGGCAAUUGUUUACAGCAAAAUUGUUAACAAUCUGCAGAACGAUACACGUGCACUUCUAGAACAAUUCGAUAAAAGUUAG